CUUACAUUGAUAAAAAUAAAAAAGGAAAGAAAAGACCUUGAGAGAGGUAUACGGAGAGAGAGUAAUAGCAGCGAUCGAAGCUUCAGCAAGAGCAGAGAGCUUCAUUUUAUCAACUAGGCACAGAAACUUCACCACAAAAAUGCACUCCCAAUUCAAUACUCUUUAGAGAAAAACAAAAACACUCUUGAAGAAGAAGAGAGAGACCCAGCAAGGAAAAAAGCCAGGGGGCGAAGCUCCGAAAGCCAAACCAACCGGGUCACUGCGUGGUGUUCGAUUUCUCUGCAAUUCCUCCACUUCGUUAAGUCCUUCUAUUUCGCGAAGAGCGUCGUGUUCUGGCCCCGAAGUAUGGUGAUUUAAACUUAAGGUUUUGAUUUGUUAUGGUUUUCAAGAAAUUAAGCUUCGUUUAUGUGUUUUAUUGGUGGGAUUUAGUGAAUUCCGUUACUGGGUUUGAUCUCUAGGGUUUUGGUUCCAAGAAGAUGAGAUUUGGGGUUGCAUUGUAUGGUUUGUUGGAUGGAAGUAUUGGGGGUCCUUCUAAAUCAAGACUGACUGCAAUCCAGUUAGAAAUUAGGGCUUUCGGGGUUCUUUAAUUUGGUGAAUGACGCGCAACUCUGUUUAUUGAUAUAUGCCCAACUUUUCGAGUUGAUUUGGAAUGAAUCAUUUGUCGGGUUGUGGGGUUGUCCGGAAACAGAAAUAACUGCAAUCUGGUUUGAAUUGGGAAACUGGGAUUUUUUUUUCUUCUUCUUUAGAUUUUGUGGAUGGUGUAUGAACCUGUUUUUUGAGAAAUGCAACCUCAGCAGUAUUCAAGAAUUGACUUGGCUGAUUUGAAAGCUCAGUUAGUGAAGAGGAUCGGAGCUGAGAGGUCGAAAAGGUACUUUUAUUACUUGAAUAAGUUGUUGAGUCAGAAGCUGAGCAAGAAAGAUUUCGACAAGUUCUGCUAUAGAGAGCUUGGUAGUGAGAAUGUCACUUUGCACAAUCAAUUUAUACGGUCGAUCUUAAAGAAUGCAUGCCAAGCCAAGACCCCACCUCCAAUUCAUAUAUCAGGUCCCUCAAAAUUUGGGGUACAAGCUGCAAAUAGUUCUCCUGGCAGAGAAGAUGUGAACGAGCAAAGUAGAACUGUUUUUUCGAAUCAAAAUGUACCCAUUUGGUCAAAUGGAGUUUUGCCCAUGUCGCCUCGAAAGGGCAGAUCUGGGAUACGUGAUCGUAAGCUCAAGGAUAGACCAAGUCCUCUUGGACCAAAUGGGAAGGUAGAUAGUGUCUUGCACCCAUCCAAUGGUGUGGAAGAUAGUGGUAAUGUUGGGAUGGAAAAUGGGGAUUUGACUCCAUGCGAUUAUCAGAGACCAGUGCAACAUCUUCAACCAGUUGCCGAGAUGCCUGAGAUUGAAAGGGAAGCAGUGGCUGUGCGGCCUACAGAAAAACCAAGGAUAGAUCAGGCGGGAGGAGCUGUUAUAGAUGAUGGGGAGGAGGUGGAACUCUCUAACUGCUUAAGCUUCUCUAGUAGUCCUUUAAUUGCACCACUUGGGAUUCCAUUUUGCUCAGCUGGUGUAGGUGGGGCCCGCAAAACCACACCAGUUGGUAACAGUGCAGAAGUCACCAGCUAUUAUGACAGUGGUGGAUUGUCUGAUACAGAUUCACUGAGAAAACGAAUGGAGCAUAUCGCUUCAGCACAAGGUCUAGAAGGUGUUUCUGUUGAAUGUGCCAACAUGUUGAACAAUAUGUUGGAUGUUUACUUGAAGCGGUUAAUCAGAUCUUGUGUUGAGUUGGUCGGAGCAAGGUCUACUACACACGAGCUAAGAAAGCACCCUGCCCAGAAGCAGCAGCUUCAAAGCAAAAUUAUUAAUGGCUUGUGGCCUAGUAAUCAGUUGCACAUGCACAGCGGCAACUUACCCUUGGAAGCUAUGCAGGACCCAAGACCACAGUGCACAAUAUCGUUGCUUGAUUUUAAGGUUGCCAUGGAGUUGAAUCCACAUCAACUUGGUGAAGAUUGGCCAUUGCUGCUGGAAAAGAUUUGUAUGCAUGCACUUGAGGAAUGAAACAUCUCCAAAGAGUUUUCCUCCAGAGCUAUGUUUGGGUCAGUCUGUUCUGGUUCAUUUGUCCUGACAGUUGUGGGAGGUGCACCUAUGCACCUAGUUCUCUUGUCAUUGUCAGGAAGGACCAGAUGAAACCCAAUUGGGUAAACCUCUGGCGCUUGCAAGUUGAUGAUGCCCUUGGCGUUGAGCACAAAAUGUCUCUAUCUGCUCACUGCAGGCUUGCUUGGUCAGGGAUUAUUUCAUUGCAACCAAAUAUGGGAAUGUUUCAAAUUGAAGGCCUGUCUUUGGUUGUGCCGUUGUAUGUUUAUCGUUGACAUUGGCUGAAGCUGAACUGGCUAUUACUUUUUUGCUCUUGGUGCGACUGACAGCCAGUGAAAGGGGAAACCUAAGAAAGUUUUGCGGGGGAUACUGUUGUGUAACUUGUUCGAAGGUGAAAUCACUUUAGAGCUGGAGUGUUGCUCUGUAUGUAUUUCUAAAAUCUGAUAAUAAUUUUGAAUUCCAAUAUCAAUAACGCAUUAACAUCCGUUGAACUUUCCUUGAUUGUAUGACUUCACUGUGUACAUUGAAAUGAUAACAUGUCCCAUUGCUGAAA